AAAUAUUCAGCAUUUUUCAAGGACAGUCCAAUUCAUGAGGGACAUCGGGUUCUGAAUUCCAUCAAGUCUCUUAGCGAGACACCAAAUUGGGGCUGAAUACCUGGAUCAGACCGAUCUAGGAACUUGUCACACAUAUCGCUUGAGCUCUUUUGGGCUUGCCUUUGCAUACGGUGAUCUGUUGAGCUACAACAUCUCAAAUGCGGCUGACAUACAUACUCGUUGCAUUGAUGCUCUGCACUGCACCCGCAUGGGCGGCCAUUCAAGGGGAAUGUGACUCACGUGGUCUCUACGAAGGCGAGUUUUUCCCAGGAGUUGGGAAGAUACCUUAUGAGGGCCCAGACUCCACGAACCCGAUGGCAUUCCAUUACUACAACGCUGACGAAGUUAUCAUGGGAAAGCCCAUGAAGGAAUGGCUGCGAUUCAGCGUGGCUUUCUGGCACACAAUGCGCGGGGAUGGCGCCGACCCCUUUGGAUCCCCCACCAAGGUGUGGCCAUGGGAAGAUGCCAGCCUGGACGACAUGGAGCUGGCCUACCGCCGCAUGCGCGCCAUGUUUGAGUUCCUCGACAAGCUUGGCGUUGACUACUGGUGCUUCCAUGACAGGGACAUAGCCCCGGAGGGCGCCAGCCUGGCAGAGAGCAACGCCAUGCUGGACAAGGUGGUGGAACUGGCGGAGCACCUGCAGAAGGAGACCGGCAAGAAGGUGCUGUGGGGCACCGCGCAGCUCUUCAAGCACCCCCGCUUCAUGCAUGGAGCCGCCACAAGCCCGAACGCGAGCGUGCAUGCGUACGCUGCGGCGCAAGUGAAGGCGGCGAUGGAUGCGACGCUGCGGCUGGGCGGAGAAAACUAUGUGUUCUGGGGCGGCCGCGAGGGCUACCACACCCUCCUCAACACCGACCUCAAGCUGGAGCUGGACAAUCUGGCGGCCUUCCUGAAGGGUGCCGUUGCGUACAAGAAGAAGAUCGGCUUCAAGGGGGCACUGCUGCUUGAACCCAAGCCCCAGGAGCCAACAAAGCAUCAGUACGACUGGGACGCUGCCACAACGAUGGGCUUCCUGAACCAGUACGGCCUGUCGGACGAGUUCAAGCUGAACGUUGAGUGCAACCAUGCCACCCUGGCCGGCCACUCCUGCGAGCACGAGCUGCAGCUGGCGUCGGCGUACGGCAAGCUGGGCAACAUCGAUGCCAACACGGGCGAUGCGCAGACGGGCUGGGACACAGACCAGUUCCUGACAGACCCCAAGGAGGCCACCCUCGUGGCCGCCGUCAUCCUCAAGCAGGGCGGCCUUGCGCCAGGCGGCAUCAACUUCGACGCCAAGCUGCGGCGGGAGAGCACGGACGUGAACGACCUGUUCUACGGCCACAUCAGCGGCAUGGAUGCGCUCGCCAGGGGCCUCAGGAACGCUGCGCAGAUGCUCGAGGAGGGCAUCCUUCCGGGAAUGAUCAAGGACCGUUACAGCACCUACUCAAAGGGGGUUGGCAAGAAGAUCAGGGAUGGCAAGGUGGACUUUGUUGAGCUGGAGAAGGUUGCUCUGGCCAGCGCGGAUCCAGCAGAGGAUCUGCCGAGUGCGCGGGCCGAGCUGUAUGAAAUUGUUCUGAGCAGAUACAUCAGAUAGGUUCAGACCGGUCCUGAGUGGCUGGAUUUCGGCACAGCCCGUCUUAAAUCUGCCUGUCACUAGGGCACUUUGGUGAGCACGAGCCACCUAGGCACAAUACUAGCGCUUGGCACAGUCGUAUGGUCAGUUCACCGGCGAAUUGCCCGGGCCCUCUGAUCGUUCUUACAAGAACAUGGUGCGAUUCAGUAUUAUGCACAUGCAUGGCCUGCAUGUGCAUUUGUCCACUGUAAGCCCGCUGGCCUAGAGGGGCAAACGACACAGGUCUAUGUUAUCAUUUGCCCCAGUCCAAAA